UUUAACACAGGCAACUCAAUCUUAAAGGUCCUGGUAACCAGCUGAUUGUGUACUCGGGGGGUGUUGAAUCAUGGAAAACACUGUGCUUGACCUUAUGGUAGACUACUCCCAGACACAAAGCACACACUUGUUCUAUUAUCAUAAGCACCGGUGUGGUCAGUUCAUUUAGUGAGUACAUCACCUUCAAUUAAAUAGCCAUCAAAUGCCUGACAGGCCGUUUGAUUAUUCUUAUUGACUUCUCACUCACCUCGAAUCUAAUGUCAGAAGACACAGGCCUGAGCAGCUCCUAUCGUCAAGCAUAAAUAGAUGAAGACCGGAUCAGACAGCAAAGCAGCUGAGAAAGCGGUUUCAGAAGCCCAGAUCAUGUCCUCUCCUUAAUCACGCCUAAUGAGCAGGAAGACCUUUGCCCUAUCGCCCACGUGCUACAUGGGUUCUGACUGCAGUGGAGGCUCAGCAAUGUCAUACGGGUGAGAGUGAAAAUAGAGAGUGGAUAAGAAGUGAUCUAGAGCCUAUGUUUGUGUGUGUGUGUGUGUGUGUGUUUAGAAAAUCCUGGAAUUUAUCCAAAGCUUCCAUCUGUCUCACUCGUCUCUUGGCAAUCCACAGCCUCCCUGUUUCUUAACAGAGCCUGCGGUGAUGUGGCAAUGAUUGAGUCGCCAAAAAAAAAAAAAAGAAAAAGAAACAAGCUAAGAUUUUAUUUUUUUGCCUAGUCAUGAGGAAAAAGCAGUAAAAAAAGAGGCAGAACAGUUCCUUGCUCCUAUACUGGUGUACAUUUUAGCAUCAUCAUGGACGUAUCAUAACAUUUGUCCUCAAUAAGCCGCUUGCUAUAUUUAGCCCUGUCCGGCUUUUAUCUAGGUCAAGAAUGAGAAGCCAGACCUGCCACAGAGACGUAUGGAGCGCCUUCACGUCAUUGCCCCACUGAGAGGUCUGGGAAAGACCGAGGGAGCAGUUCUGAGAGAUGAAGGCGGAACAGGUUAGACAGAUAUGGAGAGAAGAAAAAGCGCUAAUGUCUUUUUCUCUGCAGAAUCCCUGAGCGCUGCUUUUGGAUAGUAUCUAGUACACACCCAUAACACACCACCAUCAUACCAACCGUCCAGUUCAGGGACGCCUCUGUUUUGCACUUACAACAAACAAGAAUUACGACACAUUUCUCUGUACUUGAGCCUUUUUCUCUACUGAAAACUGUGCUUAAUGUAAACAUGCAUUGAGUCUGAGUCUAUUGUAAGCCAAGAUCUAACUAAGACUAACUAAACAGCAGGCAUUGGAUUGAUUGGACUAAAAACCUCCACCGACUCCGGCCCUUUGUGGAGAACAUUGGACACCCCUGUUGAAGAAAGCUUUAAUGAAUCCAAUAAUUCAGUCAAAGGACGGCAGAUGAUUCGGCAGCUGUGGGGACGGUGGUGGUGUCUCGCAUGAGGAUGGGAGAGAUUGAGGAUGGCGGUGUGGACCACAUUGCCACUGAUACACACCAAAAGUGCACUCUGGUGUGUGAACCUCAUGGGACCACAAACGACAAGGAUAACGGGCCACUGAUGAAUGCAGUGUUUAAGAACCCGGUGUGUAAAGUGUACAGGUUUCAGACGACGGACAGCAAGUGGAUGCUAGUGAGGGAGCAGAUGGCUGAGUGCACUUUGUCCUUCAGCAUCCCCAUCCAGCUCCUCAGGCUGUACAUUCAGGAGGACAGACAGAGGAUACAGGAGCUGAACAAUCUGGGUGAGCUCUCUCCACAUUGGGACAACCUGAGGAGAGACGUCAUCGCCCGCUACAGCCAUCUCAUCAAAACCUACCAGGACACACUCGCUGAGCUGGAGAAGUUCACCGGUCCUCCAUUCAAGCCGAGCUGCAGCAAGGCGCAGAAAUACCUGGAGUUCAUUCCCAUUAAUCUGCACACACAGCGCAUGAGGGUGACGUGUCCUCGGAAAACAGACUCCUUCUACGAUGUGAUCACAGUUGGAGCUCCAGCCGCUCACUUCCAGGGCUUUAAGAAUGGAGGCCUUCAGAAGCUGCUCAGCCGAUAUGAAGCAGAGAAGAAGAGCUACAGCACGGCGUAUCAGUGCAUCUAUUACUCUCCAGAGCACACAGCCAAGGCCAGAGAGAUCCUGAGCAUGGUGGCCCAGCUGCAGCCAAUCAUCUGCGGCCUGGCCGACCGCCUUCUCGUCCAGGCCCAGCAACGCUGUAGCCACAGCCUCCGGGAGGCCCUCAAGAGUCUGGAGGAAAAGACCGAGCAGUUUGUGCACACUCUGAAGGACGAGCUGGUGAAGAACGCUCUCUUCGCGCUACACGCAGCGCGACCCGGCUACAUGAACAAAAGCCACAUUUCCGCCCAGACGGAAACACACUUGACCCAAACCGCAACCUCGGACGUGACCCCGAACCAAAACCAGAGCCGGGAGCCGAGCGUCGUCAUCUGCAACAACGUGUCUGGAUCUCAGACACCCCCGAAAAAUGAAGCUCGCCAGCCUCUUAAACACCAAGACCUUCCCCACCACGAGGAGUACGACGAAGAGGAAUGGGACAGGGUGUGGGCCAAUGUGGCCAAGGGUCUGAACUGUGUCAUCGCCAUGGUGGAUAAGCUACAGGAGCAGGACAACAACAACCAGGAAUCUGCUCCUGACCAGGCGCUCGCUGAUGUCAUUACUUCCCACAGUCCAGCUGCAGACUGGAGGGAACAGCUCAGCCCCUUGGUGGUGGCGCUGAAGGACUGUGUAAACGAGGUGGCAGACAGAGCGAGCAAGUCCAUGAGUUUUGUUCUCCUCCAGGAGGCAGCGUGCAGCACACCAUCAGGCCUGCAGCUCCAACAGAGACGUGACACUGUAUUCAGCCAAGCGCUGGCUGCACUAGCCUGUGGUUUCCUUAUGCGGUUGUACUCUGGAAUAGAGGAUAAGGGCUUCAUCAGACAACUGCACACAGUAGGCGUGGUGGCUCAGUUCGAGAGCCUGCUCAGCACAUACAGUGAGGAGAUAGGCAUGCUGGAGGAUAUGGAGGUGGGGAUUUCUGAUCUACAGAGAGUUACAUUCAAAAUCACAGAAGCUGCUUCCGAUGACCCCAGCAAUCUGCAGCCAACUGUCAGUGGCAGACGAGACCAUUACACUGUAGAAGUGCCGCUUCCACUCCAAACCUUCCAGAUGUUACCGGAUGAAGUGCGUCAGGGCAAGCUGCUGCAGGUCUUCCCCGUGCUCUUCAACGUGGGCAUCAACGAACAGCAGACGAUCGCUGAGAGGUUUGGGGAUAUAUCCUUACAGGAGAGGAUAAAUCAGAGAAAUUUUGACAUUUUAGAGACCUAUUGUAAGUCACUCAGUGACAGGAUUCCAUUAGAAUGUCUGCCUUCUUUUCAGAUGCAACCAGAUAUUAAGGAGAUGCUUGAAACACUGGGCCAGAAUGUUGUGACCAAGAAGAGGAAGAAUGUAGAAAUUCUCUGGCUUGCAGGAGCGAUCUGUCGACGACUUAACGGCAUCCGCUUCACCAGCUGUAAAAGUGCCAAAGACAGGACGUCCAUGUCAGUGACGCUAGAGCAGUGUGCCCUACUGAGGGACGAGCACCAGCUCCAUAAGGACUAUUUCGUCCGGGCACUGGACUGCAUGCGCAGCAGUCGGCUGGCCCAGGGCGAAGGUGCCCAAUGGGACGACCCUGAGGCAGGCUCCGUAGCCAAUCACAAGCCGGCACCACGCCAAUUCUACCCAAUCGCUCUUCUGCUCGUUAGCUCUCACCUGCUGGUAGUGUGGCUCAUUUUAAGUCUUGUUUUCCUGCUUGCAAAAUAUCAAUAAACUGCUGAUUAUACCAUAACGACCCUCGUGCUGUCUAACUUUGUUCUCGGCUCGCUCUGGGUGUGAAAAGCACCUUCUCUCUUCUGCGGUGUCUCUGGGGUAUGCUCGUUUACUCACUUAUCAUUUCCCUGUGCUCUAAUCCUCUUUAACAGCUGUCGCUGGGGUUUGCUUGUUUUGUUUCCUACUUCACAGCAAUUGCACAUUCGAAAACAAAUCUUUAUGUUUUAUAUAAUAAGGUGAUGGAUUUUCCACUCCAGGCUGAUGUAUUUAGUUCAGCCAUGCGACACACCAAAGCAUUGAGCAGAAUUUUUGCCUUAUUUCCCAUGAGGCCAUUGCAUCAGCACUACCAUCGGCCAGAUAAACACAUUACUUCGGCCUCUAACAAGGCAUGAUUCACGCUCUGG